UUCUCAACCCCAUAGCUGCAAAUUAAGAGCAUGAUGUUGGUCACUAUACUGGGAUUGCCUUGCUUCAACCUCUGCAUGACGACCCUUUUGGUCUUCUCCUUGAUGAUCACCUUUCUUAGCCAAACCGGAACUGAAGCUGCUGCAACUUACCUCUACCAUGAAUGCAACACAACCACUUUCACAGCCAACAGCACCUACCAAUCAAACCUCAAUCGCCUCCUUGCUUCCCUCACCUCCAACGCCACAAGCAGCACAGGGUUCUACAACACCACCGCCUCUUCGCUGAACUCCGUCGACACGGUCUACGGCCUCUUCCUCUGCCGCGGCGACGUCUCCACCGAAGUAUGCCAAGACUGCGUUUCCAGCGCAACUAAAGACGUAGUUGAACGCUGCUCCAAGGAAAAAGACGCCGUGGCUUGGUACGAAUACUGCAUGUUACGCUACGCAAACCAAUACUUCUUCUCCAGCAUGGUCACCGACCCUGGCAUUUACAUGUGGAACACGAUUAAUAUAACGGAGCCAAGCCGGUUUGACCAGCUGGUGAGGACAACGAUGAACGACAUGGCAAGCGGGAUUUCAAAAGUUGGGUCUGCUAGCAAAAAGUUUGGAACGAAAGAAGCGAAUUUCACAGCGUUGCAAACGCUGUACACCCUCGGCCAGUGCACGCCGGACCUGUCGGGUUUCGAUUGUAGUAGCUGUCUCCAGAGAGCGAUAGCGAGUCUGCCGGGUUGUUGUGGGGGAAAGCAAGGGGGCAGAGUUCUGUUUCCUAGUUGUAACGUCAGAUUUGAAGUGUACCCGUUUUACCAGUCAUCAAACACAUCGGCGCCAACGCCUUCUACUCCACCAGUAAUUGUUCCUCCACCUCCUGGAUCAGUAACAACAUCCAAAGGAAAAGAUCAAAUCUCAACGGUGACAAUUAUUGCCAUUGUCAUUCCGAUUUCUCUCUUGAUUCUGCUAUUCGUUGCCGGCUACUGCUUUCUUAUUAGUAGGAGAGCAAGAAAGAAGUACGAUGCUAUACAGGAAGAAAAUGGUGCUAAUGAUAUUACUACUGUAGAGUCCUUGCAAUUUGAUCUUGCUACAAUUGAAAUUGCCACCAACAAGUUUUCAGAUGAUAAUAAACUUGGUGAAGGCGGAUUUGGUGCGGUUUAUAAGGGUAUACUUCCUAAUGGACAAGAAAUAGCUGUGAAGAGGCUAUCGAGAAGUUCUGGACAAGGAAAAGAAGAAUUUAAAACUGAGAUUAUAUUAGUAGCCAAGCUUCAUCAUAGAAAUCUUGUAAGGCUAUUGGGAUUUUGCUUGCAAGGAGAAGAAAAUAUUCUUGUCUACGAAUUUGUGUCCAACAAAAGCCUAGACUACUUUUUAUAUGAUCCUGCAAGUCAAAAACGACUUGAUUGGUCAAGCCGUUAUAAUAUUAUUGGAGGGAUCGCUCGAGGGCUUCUCUAUCUUCACGAAGAUUCUCGACUUAGAAUUAUACAUCGUGAUCUUAAAGCCAGUAAUGUUUUGUUAGAUGGAGACAUGAAUGCAAAAAUUUCAGAUUUUGGGAUGGCAAAGAUUUUUGGAGUUGAUCAAACCCAAGGAAACACAAAUAGGGUUGUCGGCACAUAUGGUUACAUGGCUCCAGAAUAUGCUAUGCAUGGACAAUUCUCCGUAAAGUCCGACGUAUAUAGUUUUGGUGUCCUAAUUCUUGAAAUUAUAAGUGGCAAGAAAGUUAGUUCUUUCUGUCAAUCAAAUGGUGAAGACGACCUUUUCAGCUAUGCCUGGAAACACUGGACGAAUGGAACGCCGUUGAAAGUGUUGGAUCCAAAUUUGGAAAAUUCUUACUCAAGAGAUCAAGUCGUCAGAUGUCUCCAUGUUGGCGUACUGUCUGUGCAGGAUGAUCCAGCUGACAGACCUACCAUGGCAUCCAUAGUUUUCAUGCUUAACAGUCAAUCUGCUUCUUUCCCAUCACCUCUUCGACAACCAUCAUAUUUCCUUCAUAGUCGAACAGAGGAAAAGCCAUUAAGCGAGCUGGAAUCAGAUCAAUCUACUACAAGCAAAUCAACGCCUUUGUCUGUCAAUGAAGCAUCGAUUAGUGAAUUAUACCCUCGAUAGUGUGGGUAGAGGUUAGUAAGGGCUUCCCAUUUCUUAAGUCAUGGUACUUCAACCGUACGUGAGUUGUAUGUUACGAGUAUUGAAAGAAUUCAGACUUCAUGAAUCAUGAACAUAAUAAUAGGCUUGAAAUUCGAUA